AUGUCUGAUUGGGUGAAUUCCACCAACCCUGGCGGUGCUGCUGCUGGUGAUGCACCCCCAACAAAGCCGUCGCUAAACGACUUAGAGUCGGCUCAGAGUGGUGUGGCUAACGUUGAGGAAGUUUCAAUCUUGGGGGCGGAGAGCAAUGUUCCAGAGGCAGAUGUACCGUCGCUUUUGCCAUCGAGAAUGAUCCAGGCAAUACCUACAGAGGCAAUGUCAUAUUCUGAAGCUUCACACUCAGGACCUUCGUACACCACCCCAACCCUGAGCGUCCCACACGCAAGCAAUCCUCACCUCGAGGAGCUGAUACAGGGCCUAAUUGAUGAUCCAAUGCCCUAUCCCUCAUUGUAUUGGAUCCCCGAAUUUUCAUGGCAGGACGCCCGCCUGUGUUUUGAUGGUCAGCCACUGGAGCUGCCAGCAACACGCGAUGGCCAGUUCUCGAGAGGUGGCCCUGGCUCAGAGCAUGAAAUUUCGAUAUCUCAGAGGUCCUUUCCCCAUAUAGUAGUGCCCAAUCGCGGACAUGACGGGUUUCGGAUGUCUGAAAUUAUUGGUGUCGGAGGUUUCGUCGGCGCAAACGAACACCAGGGUGAAAGAAACUUUGAUCAAAACUCGAUCAAACCCGCAGAAAGCUCCAGUUCCAGCGAUACUUCGGACUCUGAAGCAGCCUUUCGAGGAGACUUCAUCGACGCAAGUCAGCCUGUUCAGGACGAGAUUGCCAUGCAGGAAGCUCUCAAGAGCAUAGUGGAAUGGCUUGUCGAUGACUAUUACAGGUCAUAUGCGCCACAGAGACGGGCUCUUGAAGCAAAGCGUAAGCAUGUUGAUCGAAGCUCCAGCAGUUCAACCAAGAAAACUCGAGCAACACUUGGGCGCAAAGGUGCCAGGUCGACAGGCCGCAGAGGUCAGGCUAUUGAUGGAGACGAGGGAAGUGAUGAUGAAGAGUCUAGCGGUAAUGGGCAAAACCUGUCCGUUACCGACACAUCUUCCGAGAAUAGCCUCCUCUGGGCUUGUCCUUUCAUGAAGUGGAAUCCCAGAAAGUACAGAGGGAGUUGUGUCAAGAAACUCAGGGAUAUAUAUCGCCUAAAAAAGCAUCUUCAAGAGAAGCACUUCUCCCAUCAUUGCUAUAUAUGUUUCAAAGAGUUUCGGCCAGAGGAUUUGACCCAGCACGAGAAAGUAUGCGAAAAUCUAUUCGGCCGUCCGACAGGCCCACCGCCAGUCGGACUCAUCACAAGGGGCAUGGCAACUAUGAUCAAUGAGAGAUCUAGCACCAAAUUGACCUCAAGAGAGCAAUGGGAGAGGCUUUUCAAGAUUAUCUUCCCCAACGAACCGAUUCCUUCGAGCCCCUAUCUCGAUGAUGAGAGGAAACUGGCUGACUGCUACGAGUACUUCCGUCAGUCAUAUGUGCAGUGUCAGGUUGACAGAAUGACACAAGAGUCUGGACUUUGUCAUCUACGUGAAACAAUGUCGCCGCGUGCGUUUGAAAAACUAGCAGCAGAGUUGUGGGGUAGACCCCAGAUCGAACAUGAGAUCAGCCCUCAUGUAGCUUCCGAAGAAGAAAUAGUCGAUCAAACACCGCUCAUUUCGACUAUGGAAGACUACAUACCUGAAGAAUCACAAACACCUCCUUCAAGGGGCUUUGAGUAUGAUGAGGACGGACUCAACGCAAUUCAGCCUAGUGUGACGAUAGAAGUCGACAACACUGCGACUCCGGUCCCAGAACUAUUUGGCGACCAGUCAGAAACUGGAGUUGGGGAUGAUCUUGACCGUCUUCAGUUCAUUGACACCUACGGAUUUUCCUGCUCAGACGUCGCCGGAAACAUGAACUUUGAAGAAAUUGAGAGUGACCCCUUUUCGAGGCCUGGGGCAGGGGAUAUUCUUUGGUACGACGGACAAGAAACUUUUGAGGCGGAUCUUGGUCAAAUGAGUGAUGACUAG